AAAAGGGAGUCUGGCUGCUGCAGCCUAAAACAGAAAGAGGGGGGAUCCGCAGCACAGCAGAGCAGACCCGGCGCACAGGGCUCUGCAGCACAGCAAGACCUGGAGGCACUAACAGCCAUACACAGCUCAGGCCAGCUGGAUCUGCAGCACAACAGGCUCUGCAGGUAAAACCGACUAGGUACUUGGCCAGAAAGGGAGCCCCAAGCCACGAUGUCAAAGUAUAAACUUGUUAUGUUGAGGCAUGGCGAAGGUGCCUGGACUGUUGAAAACCGCUUUUGCAGCUGGGUUGAUCAGAAGCUGAGUCUCGACGGAAUAAAGGAAGCGGAAAUGUGCGGAAAACAUCUUAAGUCGUUGGGUUUUGAGUUUGAUGUGGUCUUCACUUCGGUACUGAGUCGUUCUAUACAAACAGCGUGGCUGGUGUUGCAAGAGCUGGGACAGGAGUGGGUUCCGGUACAGAGUUCUUGGAGACUGAACGAGAGGCAUUACGGGGCGCUGAUUGGUCUCAACCGAGCAGACCUGGCGUUGAACCAUGGUGAAGAACAAGUGAAGAUGUGGAGGAGAAGCUACGAUGUCGCUCCUCCGCCGAUAGACGAGAGCCAUCCCUAUUACCAAGUAAUACACACAGAUCGGAGGUACUCUCGUUGCGAUAUACAAGAGGAAAAGCUGCCAAAAUCGGAGAGCUUGAAGCAAGUCAUAGAGAGACUUCUCCCCUACUGGAAUGAUGUGAUUGCACCACAAAUUAAACAAGGCAAAAAUGUUCUUAUAUCUGCCCAUGGAAACAGCACAAGGGCAUUGUUAAAGCAUUUAGAAGGUAUUUCUGAUACAGACAUAAUAAACAUUUCUCUUCCGACUGGCGUUCCUGUGCUCCUAGAACUUGAUGAAAACCUGCACCCGGUUAAGCCUCACGUGUUCCUGGGCGAUCAGCAGGCCAUCCAAGCUGCCAUCAAAAAAGUGGAGGAUCAAGGCAAAGUGAAACCUACCAAGAAUUAGUUCCUUUGUUUACUUCCGUGGCAUUUGCUUGAGGGGAUUUUCCAGUGUUUUGUGUAAUUUGUAGCAAAUCCUGUAAAUAGUUAUUUUCUGUUUUGUUUUAAUUGUUUUUCAAACAUACGCUACUGUGAAACGUUUGGGGUCAUAUAGCUGUUUUCAUCGAAAAUAGGAAUAUUUCUAGCUGUAACAAAAUAGCAAAAGUGUGUUUCUAACGAUCGGUUAGCCUCUUAAACAUAAACUUGGAUCAGCGAACACAACGUGCCAUUGGAACACAGGAGUGAUGAAGGGCCUCUGUAUGUCUAUGACGGUAUUCCAUUAAAAAAAAAAUCGUUUCCAGCUAUAAUAGUCAUUUACCACA